CUCGAGGGCAGUUACUGUUCGAUACGCUCUCGGCGACACCUUCGCAUCACCUAUUAGUAUCCACCCAGAGAGCCGCAGUUAUGAACAUCACGCGGCCGUACAUAUUAACCGGCGGAAAGCUUCGAGGUCUUGUUAAGGAUGAAGCCAACAUAUACCGAGGAUCCAAACCGUCCUGGAGAGAGGCGGGCACUCGGAUGGCUUCCAAAUAGAACACGCCAUCUACUCAUUGCCUUCCUAGGCGAGUUCAUCGGCACGUUCUUGUUCCUCUUUUUCGCUUUCGCAGCAACGCAGACUGCCAACAACCUUCUCGGUAAUCGGGCAAUGGACAUUCAAUCUUUGAUGUACAUUUCGCUGGCAUUCGGAUUCUCCCUCGCGGUCAAUGUCUGGGUAUUCUUCCGCGUCAGCGGAGGCCUUUUCAACCCUGCCGUCACUGUUGCGAUGGCUCUCAUCGGUGCUCUGCCUUGGCUCAAGGCUGCACUCCUCAUCCUUGCACAGUUGUUGGGUGCCAUAACCGCCGCUGGCGUUGUUGCGGCGACCUUCCCAGGUCCACUGGCUGUCCGCACACGCCUUGGUGCCGGCACUUCGAUCAGUCGUGGCGUGUUCAUCGAGAUGUUCCUCACCGCCAUGCUCAUCUUCUGUAUAUUCAUGCUGGCAGCCGAGAAGCACCGGUCUACCUUCAUCGCCCCUAUUGGCAUUGGUCUGGCUCUAUUCAUCGCCGAGAUGGCUGGUGUUCUGUAUACUGGCGGGUCCCUUAACCCAGCACGUUCGUUCGGUCCUGACGUUGCUACCAAACGCUUUGACGGCUACCACUGGAUCUAUUGGGUGGGACCACUCCUCGGCGCUCUUCUCGCUGUGUUGCUCUAUCGUCUUCUCAAGAUGCUUGAGUACGAGACCGCCAAUCCUGGUGCCGACGGCGAUGGUCGCCACGAGGCAUACUACGAGCAUAGCGGCUCUUCGGACCACUACCAGGAACGUGUACCAACAACCCGCGGCCACGGCGCCACCGACGGCACCUCUGAUGGGAUGGACUUCGCAUCACACAUUCGUACUGCGAAGCAUGGGCCCCACCACAACGCUGCCCUCACCCACACCCAGACUGAUUCUGCUGCCAUGUCAGAACCCAUGCCUGCCUUUCACCCGGGCCAUGACGGCCAUCAUUCCCAGAUCAUGUCCGACCGCAGCUACCGCAGCGGCCCCAGCGUUGAGUCUGGCUCAUCGUAGUCUGGCAGUACCAACUCUUUUCAUUCCUCGUCCACAUGUGGCUCCACCUCAUCGUCAAGCACACAAAUUGGAGAACACUUCGGACAUGAAAAGCCGUCAGGGAAGCGCGGACCUCUUGACGGUCACAUAUAUUACCCAUGUUGUUGG